AUGUGUCUUCCGUCCUUUACUCAGGAUUUCAACCGUUUAUACGUCGACACUACAUUAGCUGACUUGACGCUAAUAGUAGGUGAAGAGCCCAACACAGAGGAGAUACGCGUACACUCACCUAUACUAUGGGCUAGGUCACCUUUCUUUCGAGAGGUGUUGAAUGCUCUUCAGACAAAGAGGACCACAUUCGAACAGAAACUAAAGGUUCCUUUUAUGGAUCCUGAAGUAUUUCGCUCCGUUCUCAAAUUCAUUUACACAAAUAACUUUUCAAUGAAACGUAACAAUGGUAUAGACUUCCUUGACCAACUUGUUGCUGCAGACGACCUCCAAGUUUCAUCCCUAAUCACUUACAUACAAGAUAAAAUCAUACAAAACCAACAGACCUGGCUUAGAGAUAACCUCAUGCGUAUAUGGAAAUCGCUUGCUGACCGUCCGUCAUGUGAAUUAUUAUACAAUCAUGCUCAAUCUAUCAUUGCGUCAAAACCAGUUGUCAUGUUCAGCUCAAAAGAAUUCCUCACCCUUGAGGUCGAUUUUCUAGUAUCCAUUGUGCAAAGAGACGAUUUAAUUAGGGAAGAAGCUGCAAUAUGGGAAGAUGUAAUACGUUGGGGCAUUGCACAGCACUCUCACUUACCUGAAGAUGUAAUGACAUGGACACCCGAAAAUUUUGCUACGUUACGAAACUCUAUUAAACCCAUCAUACCAUACAUCAGAUUUUUCCAAAUCCCAUCAGCCGAAUUUCGCCGUAAAAUCAUACCGUUUCAACAAGUGCUCCCAAACUCACUGUACCAAGAACUUCUCUCAUUUCACUUGGAACCUGGCUAUGAACCACCCAUUCCUAUCUUGCCUCCACGACUAUCCCAAUCUCCAGCAAAAUCUCGUGAAAAAUCUCCGUCCUUGUCUUCACCACUGCGUAGAACUUAUUUGACAAGAAACUGCUUUGCUAAUGCUCCCGUCAUAGAAAUCAAGCGAGAGCAGGAAUCUGAAGCUGAAUAUCCAGACGAAAAGAAGAUUAAUAUUUCCCGGGAGGGUAGUCCUCGUUUUCGUUAUAAGAGGCGAACUUCACCUUCUCAUAAGCGCAUCAUGCAACAAUUUAGAUUAUAUUAUGACUGGAGAGCUUCUUUACCUGGAAAGUUAACUCAGGUGAUGAUUGCGCAAGAAAUGGAAAAGAUGAUUAAUGAUAAAACACGUGUCACCACGACUAUCAUCUCACAAGCGUAUAACAUGAAAGAAAUGCCCAAAAAUGAACUGAAGAUUCGCGCAUUCAAGAUUUGGAUUGAUAAACAAAGAGAAAAGAUGAAACAUAUGAGGAAAAAUUAG